AUGAUUAAUAGAAAAAGCGAAGUUACGAGUUUCACACCAAGAGCAAUUACCAAUAGACCCAUAAGUAGUAAUAGGAGAAGGGGUAGAAAUGAAAUAACGGAUGAACAGAAAAAUGAAAUUAAAGAAGCUUUUGAUUUAUUCGAUACAGAGAAAACUGGGAAAAUCGAUUAUCAUGAACUGAAGGUAGCUAUACGAGCUCUUGGAUUUGAUAUAAAAAAAGCAGAUGUUAUAGAGUUAAUGAGAGAAUAUGACAAAACCAAUUCUGGAUACAUAGACUACAAUGAUUUUUUGGACAUUAUGACGCAGAAAAUUAGUGAUAGGGAUCCAACAGAAGAAAUAAUAAAAGCUUUCAAACUAUUUGAUGAUGACGAUACGGGGAAAAUUUCAUUAAAAAACUUGAGAAGAGUAUCCAGAGAACUGGGGGAAAACCUAUCCGAUGAUGAAUUACAAGCCAUGAUUGACGAGUUUGACAAAGACAUGGAUGGAGAAAUUAGUCAAGAGGAAUUCCUAAGCAUAAUGAAGCAAACAAACCUUUAUUAA